AUGUUUAAUGUUUACGCGUUUAAUUCCAUAGAACCAAGCAAAAUUAUUAGGCAGGAAUUCGUCCUCCCAAAAACAAAUGCUUACAGGGCUAGCGAAACUAGAACAUCAAAUUUCAGAAAGUUUUACAAUCGAGGAGAUUUUCCCAUGGCUCUCGAACACGAUGCCAAGGGAAACAAAAUAGCUUGGAAAGUUGACGUUGCAAAACUUGAUUACCAAGUCUACCUCCCACUGUUUUUUGAUGGACUCAGCGAGACUGAUCAUCCGUACAGUUUUUUUGCAAAUCAAGGGGUCCAUGAUAUGUUAGCACACGGAGGGCACAAGGUGGCUUCUCUUAUUCAUCUUCUUAUUGGACCUAUUAAAAGUAAAAAUUAA